AUGAAACACAUUUCCCUUAGUCCCAUGAACAAUGUCAUGCCCCGGUUUUAUGCACCGCUCAUCUUCGCCUUUCGUUGCCCUGCAGACCAAGACGAUCUAAGAGUCAGGGAUCUCCUGGAAAGAGGCCUUCACCACACUAGUACAGAUAUCCCCAGUAUCGCCGGCAAGCUAUGUCCCACUGUCCAUGCCCAUGAUCUUCGCGAUAAACUGGACUAUGAUGAGCUUGUUGAGGAUGGUCUACCGCAGGACCUACUGGAUCCCAAUCGACUAUUACCUACUACGGAGUGGCCUGAUCCAAACAAAGGCGUUCCGGUGUUUCUGGCUCAAGCUAAUUUCGUGAUGGGAGGGGUUUUGCUUGCAGUCGGUAUGUACCACUCUACAAUUGAUGGCACAAGCUGUGAGUGGUUAAUGAAGAAAUGGGCCGAGCAUACCCGCCAGUUACAGAAGUUAUCAGACGGGAGACCUCUAUUACAGAUUUUGCCCCGAAGUGCAGAUCCGGGAAUUUUGGAAGAGCUUUGGCAUGCUCAGGGAUACACCUCACUCACAGCUGAAGAGCUGCAGACUAAUGCGAGAGGAUCUGAUGAUCCAAGCUUGUGGCGACUAUUAGGACUUGACUCUGUACAUAAAACGCCAUCACCACCGUUCAUGGCAGAGUUAGAGGGGCCCGAAAGCCGCUCGAUGCAAGCUAUCAUCCGCGCGCGGUUUCCAGAUGAUUAUGACGAAGAAUCAUCAACCAAUACAGAUGACGCUGUCCUUGACACCACCUACGACGGGCGACUGGGAUUCUCUCCAGAUCUUCCAUUCACUUACAUGGCGAGUCUCAUCUUCAUCCGUACCACUCGGAUAUUACGAUCCCAGCUCAUGUCCCCAACGACUUCGUUACGUUCUAUAGCUCAUGAGAUCCGCCAAGCCGCCGACAAGAUUGAUUCUUCUCAGAUGCACGCAGCUUUCACUCUGGCCGCCUCGCUACCUCAAUACUCUAAGUCGACUUUUCCGUUCGCCACAUUCGCCGGGGCUGAAGUAUGCAUUACCUCCUGGAUUCGCUUGGAGCCUUUUUGA